AUGUUCCAAGAUAUUUAAAUAACUGUGCUAUAUUCAAUAAAGACUAAUAAUGAAUAAGAUUUUUCAUAGGAUUAAGUCAAUUUUCUAAAAAAAUAGAUUCAAUAACUUUUGAAUUGCUUUCCUUAGGUUUAAGUCAAAGGAUUAUAUGGAUGUUAGAGAAUCAUAGAAAUAUAAAUAUAAUAAGAUUUUAAUUAGGAUAUAAGAUUAUCGAAAUAUUUAAAGGAAUCAGAAAAAGGUAAUCUAGUUGCAAUAAAAUUCAACAACAUUAUAUUAUUUUGUUUGAUUUUACCUGAAUCAUUUUUUAGAAUAAAGCCUGUAUCUGAGGAAUCUAUUGAAAAUGUACUUUUUAGAAUAUUGAAUGAUUUAACUGAUAAUAUCAAGUUUUGCUUAGAUGAAUAAACAAACAAUUAUAAUUAUUUUGAUGGUUUAAGUCCAUGA